GUCUGAAAGCCAACGCUUUCUCUGGCUCAUUGGCGGAGCCCUGCGCUCUCCUCUUCUCCUCCGAUUCCUUUCUCAGCGAUCUAGGGCCAUUAUGGUGGGUUUUUCGAGUUCAGGGCCUUCGUAACGCUCUCCAGCGCCAUCGGGUCAGCAGGCUCCUCUAUCCAUGGUUGGUUCUCUUUACCACUCUGGGAUUUACUUGAUUUUUUGUUUUGAUUCUCAGAAAUAUUAGAGUCGUUGUGUUCUGAAUCCGUUUUAUGGAUUAGCGUAAGUGAAUCUAUGUGUUUUGUGGUGAUUUUGGAGUGGGUUUUCGGGAAAAGUUGCUUUUUUGCUAAGAAAUUUGUCGGGAGAGACCUGCGUUUUGAUGGGCUCUGAAGUUCUUUUUUUGAGGUCUGGGAUUCCAAGUACUGAUGUUUAUUGUUCAUGGGAACGCGUUAAAAAGAAAAAAAAAAGUUUUUAUCUUUUGCAUUUUGGAUCCGUUUCAUAUAGUUUUGGUGAAGGAAUGCUCAAUUAUUUUCAUCUCUUUAAUUGAAAGAAAAAUUGAUAGUUUGUUUGCAAUUCAUAAACCUUGUUUUAUAUACCUGCGGGAUGUUUGAGGUCUGAAUUGUGAGGUGCUCUGGUUCAAGUGCAACAGAGGCUGGAGUGGAGAACAUACAGAAGGCCUGGGGUUGAUGUUUUCUUGGAGCUUGAGUUUCUUUUCUAAACUCUUUAUGGGAUUUUUGUGUGCUCAGAUCCAUAAAUGUGAUGUUGGUUUGUUUUAGUUUCUCAAUGAUUUGAUGUUACUCCUGCUCAUUGAUUCUUGAUUUGUUUCUAGUGUUUUGUGAGUUUGCUACCUUUGUUAUAGAGUUGCUCACUGGGAAAGGUUAUGCAUGAUCGCUAGAUAUAUCUUGUAUGUCAAGACGGAAAGCAUUAUCAAGUAAGCUGAUUCAUACCUUGCCAGUCGUAUCAUUUAUUAUUUAUGUUUUUCUUUCAUUGAGCUCCACUAGUAGACUGUCACCCCUGACCUUGGUACCGGCACUAGAAUUUCAUUGUCAUGUCUCUCUUAAGAAGCACGAACUGCACGACCCAUUUUCUUCGAACGGAAAUGAAAAUCUCAGGCCCCAUUCUUUCUCCAUGCCUGCCUAGAAAGCUAGGACCUGUCCAGCGUGAAGGAGCAGGGUCAUUCUUUUCAGGAGACUCUUGCCUUCUCAGGCUAUUAGAACUCUGCAAAACAAGGUCUCUGAGGAAGGGUAUCUGCGCACACAGCUCAGCAAUUAAGUCAGGCUUCCAGGAUCAACUACUUCUCAAUAAUUUUCUCCUCCCAGUGUAUGCUAGUUGCUACGGAAUCAACCAAGCACGCAAACUGUUUGAUGGCAUGAAUAUUAGAGAUGUUGCCUCUUGGACUUCUAUAAUUUCAGCAUAUGUUCGUUGUGGCAAUCAUGAGGAGGCUCUUGAUUUGUUUGAAAAGAUGCUAGGGUCUGGUUGUGUGCCAAAUGAGUUCACAUAUUCUGUUAUCCUGCAAUGUGCCUCCGCUCUUAGGAACUACAACCUUGGUGAGCGCACUCAUGCCCUGACAGUGAAAUGUGGGUUCGAAUGCAAUGCAGUCUUGGGAAGCUCUCUGAUAGAUUUCUACUCCAAGUGCAACAUGCUUGAAGAAGCAUCCCAGAUUUUCACCAAUUUGGAUGAUAAGGACAUAGUAUCAUGGACUACGAUAAUCUGUGGCUGUGUUGAAGCUGAGGACUGGGGAGAGGCAAUGUGGCUGUAUGCCUCUAUGCUUGCAAGCAAAGUGGUGCUUCCUAAUGAGUUUACUUACACUAAGCUCCUCAAGGCAUGUGCCUCUAUUGGAUCCAACUGCUCGAGAUUGGUUCAUGCACAUAUUAUUCGUCUGGGGAUAAAGUUAAACCUGGUUCUUAAAACAUCACUUGUGGACAUGUAUUCCAAGUGUCACAGGAUGGCAGAUGCUCUGAAGGUAAUGAAACAGACAUUGGAGUCAGAUGUUAUGCUUUGGACAGCAUUGAUUACUGGUUACUGCCAAACAGGAGACUAUAAAGAAGCAAUCACAUUGUUUCAGCAGAUGGAGGUUGCCAAAAUCUCACCCAAUUCAUUCACUUUUGCAAAGCUCAUUAAUGUUUGUUCUGAUGUUCCCCUCCUGAUGUUAGGGAAGCAAAUUCACUCACGGGUGAUUAAGUCUGGACUGGCACAUGAUGCAUCGGUUGGUAAUGCUCUUGUGGACUUGUAUGCAAAAUUUCCCUCCGAAUCUGACUUUGUGGAUUGUGUUCGUGUCUUUGAAGGGAUAGUUUCACCAAAUGUUGUCUCUUGGACUGCUUUAAUUGUGGGGCUGGUUCGCCAUGAGCAUGAGCCGGAGGCAUUUGCUGCAUUUGAGGCUAUGCGGGUGGAUGGAGUGUGUCCUAAUUCUUUCACCUUGUCUGCUAUCCUCAAAGGCUGCGGAUCUCCAAAAUUUGUGGCUCAUGUCCAAAUGCUCCAUGCCUAUAUCUUGAAGACCAUGCUGGAUGAGUGGGAUAUAAGUGUUGGCAACUCUCUGGUCGAUGCUUAUUCUAGAUAUGGGAGGGUAGGCGAAGCCUUAAGCAUCUCCAGAGAAAUGCCCUUGAGGGAUGUAUGGACCUACACGAGUCUGGCGAAGGGGCUGAAUCAAAUAGGCCUUCACCGAAGGACUUUGGACAUGAUCGCUUGCAUGCAUGGUGAGGGUGUGCUGAUGGAUGACUUUAGUGUUUCCUGCUUCUUAUCAGCUUGUGCCAGCCUGGCUGCAGUGGAAAUGGGCAAGCAACUGCACUCCUAUUCGGCGAAGUCCGGUCUGGGCAGCUGGAUCUCGGUGUCAAAUAGCCUCAUUGACAUGUAUGGCAAAUGCGGGAGCAUUAAUGAAGCUCGCAGAGUGUUUGCGGAGGUGAAAGAACCCAACAUUGUGUCGUGGAAUGGCUUAAUAUCAGGGCUGGCAUCAAAUGGACAGUUUUCUGGAGCUCUGUCAAGCUUUGAGGAUAUGAGGCUGGCGGGAGCCUCCCCGGAUGGAGUCACAUUCUUGUUGGUGCUCUAUGCUUGCAGCCAUGGUGGCCUAGUCGACAUGGGUGUUGAGUACUUCAACACUAUGAGCAGUGACUUGUAUGGUGUUCCUUGCCAGCCAGACCACUAUGUUUGCCUGGUAGAUAUGCUUGGAAGGGCUGGCAGACUAGAGGAAGCAGUUUGUGCCAUACAGACCAUGCCUUUUCAGCCUGGUGCUCUGAUAUACAAGACGCUGCUGGGGGCUUGCAAGGUCCAUGGUAACUUGCUGCUCGGGGAGUGCAUGGCGAGGUGUGCCAUGGAACUGGAUCCUAUGGACCCAGCAAUUUAUGUGCUGUUAGCUGGUAUUUAUGAUGAUGCUGGGAAGCUGGAGAUGGGAGAGCAGACGCGCAAGCUGAUGAAAGAAAGAAGGGCAAUCAAGUGCCCCGGUUGGAGCUGGAUGAGGAACACUCCCAAAUGAACCGCCAGCAGCAUGGUAUCUGAAUCAUGCUCUAUUACUUUCACUUUGACUUGUUCAUCCUCGCAGCAGUGCUUAGCGUCAAUGUGGCAGUGAUGAAAGCACUGGGAAAUGCCCAUAGAAAACUGCAUGAGUCUCUUUAAGUCUGGCCAAACAUUUCCUAGUGUCUGAUCAUAUGCAGAAUGUGGCUUAUUAUCAGGCUGUUGCAAUUGCACUUACUCUAGUGGAAGCCUGACUACUGCUGCAGAUGAGGUCAGAAGGCUGGUAUUCUUUUCGGAAGAGUUUGUGGCUCAGUUAUUGGAAACCAAAUCACUGCUGUAGAUGAGGCCAGAAGGCUGGUAUUCUUUUUGGAAAAGUUUGUGGCUAUCAUCAAACAUAUCAUUGACUUUCAUUAUACGUUUCAUGUCUAGACGCUUCGCGUUUUCUUCAACCUUGACUUUGUUUAUAAAGGUCAAGCUCCCUCACUGAGUUCACGCUCUUCUUAAAUGCCAGCUUCGUCAUUUCAGUUUCAUAAGCUAAGCUGAGGUUGAAGAUGAUGCAGUGUGUCUUGGCAUGAAGACUCAUGAAAUUUAAGGGUAUGGUUGACAGUAGCUACAAUUCUCUUCUCUUUUGGAAUACCAGCCUUCAACAUGAAUGAAUAACUCUUCACUUGUACUGUGGAGAAAGCAUGAACCAGAAGAUCUUCAAACAGCUCCUUUAACAGUUCUGUUGGAAGUUGAAUGGAAGGGGAUGGUAACAUUGAUAAUCCAUUGAAAGAGAUUGAGAAUGAAAAAGAAAGUGUGCAGUCCCAGUGAUCUGAAAAAGUCAAGGUUGUUAACUUGAAUACAAUCAUAAUGCUUCUCAUGAUUCUAUUUAUGGAAGUUUAAUAAAGGUGCUGACAAUAGAAGCCCCCAAGUCCUAAGCCACCAAGAGUAGUGGAAAAUCUAGGCAACUGCUGGGCCGAUUACAGUGAUGGAGAAGACGAGGCUGAUUGAGGGACCGAGGCCCUCGGCUAAACAAAACCGUGAAUCCUAUGAUGAAGAUAAAGAAACCGUGAAUGGGACUUCAGCAGUAGAGUAGCAUAUAUUGAUACCUCUACAGCUCCCAAGAAAACAACCAGCGGAGUAUCUAUUUUUGGAGCUAUUGUUGUAUAUCACGGCACCGGAAGAUUAUUCUGAAGCAGUCUGCUUGCAGUUAAAUUCAGGUUUUUGCUCUUCCUUGCUGUUUGAACAAUUUCCCAUAACUGCAGACAACUUAGUAAUCCUUUUAUGAAAUCAAAUUCUCAUUGUAGACUAGUAUGUGCAUUGAAAUAAUAAUACUUUCAAGAAGUCAGUGACAUCUGUCUGAUCAAUACUAGAUUUCUCAU